CUUUCGGCAGCUGAACACUGCGCAGGAAGGAUUGAGGAUGGUCUUCACGGGUCUUCGGGAAUCUGUCAAACAUGUUUUAGAUCUCAGCAGAGCUGCCAGAUGGAUCUGGUUUCUCCUCUGUCAUUCUCCGUUUGGGUUGUGUUGAUGUUCGCGCUCGAGGCUGCGCGCGGCUCCAACGGCGCUCCAGCUGAUUGUCCAUGCCCACCAAUUCCUCCGCAACCCCUGACUAAAACUCCGCCUGGCACCUGCUAUCAAAAAGGCAGCACGUUUCGCUACGCGUGCGUAGAGGGUUACGUCAGGAAAGCAGGAACUUCAAAUCUCAUCAGAUGCAAGGAGGUCGAAGGAGCUUCACAGGGCAGCUGGACAACGCCCACCCUCGUGUGUAAACUUGUCCCAAGACAAACGACAACACCACCACCAGCGGUAAACAUCACAGAAACAUGCGGUCAUACUGAUAUUCCAGAUGAAUCCACCACUACAGUCACAGCCCCCUCCACGAGCCCGCAGACGACUCAGAGUUUAAGCCCCUCAGCUUCACUGACUGCAGAAACAAGCAGCACAGAGCCAACCUCACAUGUGUCAGAUCAAUCACAGGAUUUUCAUGGAACCACGGCAAAGGACAGGAUACAACCAACCCCAACUACCACUAAGCCUCUGAACAACACAGCCGUUCCUUUUGUGUUGUCAGAACUGAGCAGUGGGACUACAGCUGGCCUCACCUCUGCUUUGCUGGCGAUUGGCUGUGCUUUGAUUGGAAUCAGCUUCUGGUGCUACAAGAGGAGGUCUAAAAACAAUAUCCCACCAAAUGCAUCAGAGGAGGGGAUGCCCAUGAAUCACGUUCCUGCCGAGCCGGAGAUGUAGCGUUUGGUCUCUGUGUGCAACAGAGCACCAUAAUGCUGUUGCCUUAAUCUCUAUGCCAUGAAGAAUGGACGAUUUCAUGACAGGACUGCUGAGAGAGUGAUUGACCCUGGCUGAAGACCCAUUAGGUAUCCUGUGAACUGGCUUGUUGUGACAUAGUUGUCAAGACCCUUGACUUUUUUAGGCAUUGUGGCUUUAUCAGAGAGGAAAACCUGAGCGAUAUAAAGGAAAAACAUCCAGCAGUGGACGGGUGUUGGAAUCAAGACUUUGGACUUAAUGGUACACAGACUUUAGCACUGCAUAUAACAAGCUAUAAUGAUGAUCUGGUGCUUCAGCUGGACAUAGCCAAAGUCCAAUUAUUGCAUAUUUAGGAAAGAUGCCAAAAAAGUGGACAUGUGGUGUAGGCAUGGUUGCAUUAAAAGAUAAACUGUCUCUCAUUAGGUGCAGGAUGCAACACCUUGACCAAAAUCUUCUGGAUAACUUUACCAACAGAACACACACACUUUCAAUCCUGUUUCUGAUGCAGUGAGAAAUCCAUUGUCAUUUUCUAUUAGUGAACUUUACAUCUUCUGGACCGAGUGAUUUCAUAAGGACUUGCUUGGUGCAUCCACAAAAAUGCUGAUUUACUUAAAAUUAAAAAGUAUUUUUGAUUUACAGAAGCAUCCAGUGACUGUGCCUCUGUCCAGUCUUGCUGGGGUGAAAACAAAAAACCCAGGUUUGCCAAGCAGGUUAUGAUAAUGUGACAAAUAGAUUACAGAAAGUCAUCAGUAUUUUAGUAAUAUAGUGCUGCAGGGAUGGUGUGUCAUUCAAGGCCAGUGGUUCCCAAAUGGUGUGCCUUGAGGCAAGUCGAGGUGUGCAGUAAGAAUUUGUACAACCAUACACUAAUAACUACAACUAUACCAAAAAAUCUAGCAUAUAGCAUUAGUUAAGGCAGGCCACUGAGCCUUGCUCUGCUUUCCUGCUCCCUUUGCAAGACAACCUUUACAACCCUCCUCCACCCCAGCUCCUCCUUUAUUCUGCUUCUGACUUAAUCAGUGUCAUUCUGUUGUCACUGAUGGGGGGGGGGGGCUUCUCUCCCUGCCUCAGUCUUUCUGUUAAGCCUGAUUUAUGCUUCUGUGUCGCGUCGUCAGCGUAGCUACGCAUAGCCCUCUGCGUCGACACCGACCCCUACAUCGUAGCCUGACACGCACCUCCAAAACAUCCUAACUAAGUGUCGUGGCGACGUGGACCACAAGGGCAGUGAUUGGUCUGUUCAAAAUGUCAUUUCUCCAUCCAGGUCCCUCAGUGGGCGAACCAGUGUGGUAAAUUCACCCGUUUUCAGCCUCGACUUGUUUAGUGGUCGUAUUUACCACCUCUUCCCUGUCGCCGGCACUUCAACGUUUGAAACAAAAGAAUUUGUUCAUCAAUAUCAAUACUCCAAACACACCUGCUCCACCUCGGUCGCCAUGACCGGAAGAUAAACAAGCAUUCGGAUGUGACACCUCUGAAACCACACACACACACAGCCACACCCCCCUAGUGGCAUGGCGGUGAAUUGCAGAGCGAUGCGUUCCCUCGAAGCAGAACUUCGAAUGGUCAACGACGGCGUUGCGUCGACGGUCACAAAAGCAUAAAUCAGGCUUUAUUCAGGACUGAUGCUGAACCCAAAUGCUAGACACAGACUGAGGCCCCAUCCACACGGAGAUGAAUUCAGGAGUAUAUGCAAAAGUUUUUUGUCGUCCACACGGAAACUGCGCUUUGAGAGGCCGUAAAUGCUACUUUUGGAAACCAAGUCUCAGAGUUAACAAAUCUGUAAUAGCUUACUGUUUCAUCUGUGUGGACAGCCAACCACAUCUUUCUUGAAACAAUUAAGUCACACAUAGCGUAGCACACUUAGGCCACAUGUGCAUGUCGAACCGAAACAAAAAUGGUGGAUUACAGGGUUGUGUUUGUGCUGUAGACGCUACUGUGCCCAUUAUGGCUCUUACAGCAAAAUCUGAUGCUCCUUUAACACCAUGGUGAACAACAUACACCAUAUGUUCUUAAAUCCAAUGCGGAGAACAACCAGAAGGGCAACUAGGAGAACGUUUGUGGCAGUUUUCUGUGAUCUUCUCUCUUUGGUGCAUUUCUGUGGCAGUGUUUCAGUACCACUUACAGGCUUCGCAUAGAUAUUACAGCAUUUUCAGUCGUUUUCAGUGGUUCUGUGCUUACAUGGACAUUUCCUGAAAUGUCCUUGUAUUUACAGAAAACGUUUUCAAAACAAAACGGAAAUAUGUGGUUUUCGUCUCUGUGUGGACAAGGUCUGAGGCAGGGGUGGGAGCAAAGGCAGGAGUUGAGCCAGGAAUGCUGUGGGAAAAGAAGAAAACAAGUGUAAGAAAUUCUGCCAAAAACAGGUAGCAAAUUCAUAGAUAGCUGGAACAAGUCUGUGUAAACAGAGUCUAAGAUCUGGCAGAGUAGCGGAAUUGAAGCCCAGGGUUUGUAGAGGAGAUGAUGGAGAUGGAUAGAAGCUGCAGCCAAACUCCUGCACACCAGAGCCCACUCCUGCAAUCAAGCAGAAACACACACAGCACUAGGAGGCAGAGGACAUGACAGGAAUGUUUCUGCUUAAUACUUUUCAUGUAGGCUCAUGGAAUCCCAAAACAGCCACACCGCCAAUUAUAAACAACAGCAUUGAGUGCAAAUUUAUAACCGCUGUUUGUUGACAAAGUGGUCCUGACUGAACUAAAGAUACUGCCACACUUAUUUAAGAGGGUAUUUUGCAUGGAUAUAAAUAUGGUGUGCCUAAGAGUUUGGCUUGAUUUUAUGCAUGCCUUGGGCAAACAGAAGGUUGCAAACCACUAUACUGUAGGCCAACCCAGAUGUUAGCAUUGGCAGGUUCCAUCAUCCCGAAGCCUCUAAGUUUUUUCAAUGGGUUAUAGAUGCAAAAUGAGCUCUUCUGUGAAAGAUUUAGUUUGUAACUUUUAUGUGUUUUUAUCAUGAUGAUAAUGUUCUGUUAUAGAAGAGUGAUUCUCAACUGGUGGGUUGCAAAUGUUGACCUGUGAAAGCAAUUACCCACCAAGUCUGUACUAUACAAACCCCUAAGUGGGCAGACAGUACACCCAUGUAUUUUUUAUUUUUUCCCGUGAUGAGUAAAUUUUAGUCUUUUUCUCAAGGUUUUGGCUUAUUUAUGCUCUUUUACUUGGGGAACAAAGCUAGUUUUCUUAAGAUAACAAGGAAAUUCCUUGAAAAAUUACCAAAUUUCAAUGCUAUAUCGGGAGAAUGGAUUAAAUUUAAAUGCAUGCAUGAAUGUCCUUGAGUAAUGACGUGCUCUUUGUUCAGUCAUGUUUUGUUCCAUUUAGGGUCCCAUCUUCAACACUGCAUUGCAUAAAUUUGAGUGGUUGAACAUCUUUUUAAAUUUGGGUCGUGAUUUCUCAUAAAGAAAUGGUGGUGGGUCCUACUGCCCAACCAUUUGAGAACCACUGCUAUAGAAGACUCUAAAAUACUUUGACCUUGUGUGUAAGCAUCUAACCAAAAGCUCAUUCAGAAAUCUAAAGGCUUUGAGAAGAUGGAGCCAAUGCUAACUUGUGAGUUUUAUGACUUUACUGCAGCACUCUAUUAUGAACAAUCUUUAAGACUGAUUUUUAAAAGUUGACAGUGUGUGGACCAUUUUAAAACCUUUGAAAUACCAAUUUUCAUUAAUGUAUUAUUAAAUGUGAGCAUUAACAACACUUUUUAUGUGUUUUCAUCUGGUACAGCAGGUUACUUGACACUAUAAAUAUGUUUAAUUGUACCUCUUCAAGUAUGUUUUGUGUUAUAAUUCUUACAUUUUAAAUGUCAGACACAUGAAACACCACAACCAUGAAUAUAUCAUUCCAACAGGCAUCUUCUGCAUAGCAUGAACUGCAUGCAUGUUUAUUCGUUGUGUCUCAGUCCAUUAAAAACAAUAAUGAGCUGUGAUGUGGAUGAUUAUUUCUUAAUUCUGUUCUUAAGAGUGUUUCUAUGGCAGCUUUCACAUCAGGGAUCCAUGCCCAGAUCAGAGUACCCCAAAGUCUGGCUCCAUCUGGUCAGUGUGAACCCAAGUGUACUGUGCUUUGGCAUGACUCCUGGUCUCAAGCACAGCAUGUGGGAGAUGUGAAUGCAACCGGAAAUUUGUCUGCGAGUAAAGCUGUAAAGUGAAUCCUAAAUCCUGUCCACACAGAGCAUAAACAAAUGUUAACCUGA